AUGGUUCCUCAAAAUAACAACUAUUUGCUUAAACCAAUUGUCUUUCAGGGCCCCUGUAAAUCAAAUGUGACAAUUCAAAUUGAGGGAACAAUAGAAGCAUCAACAGAUCGAUCAGACUAUAGUGGUGCACAUGAAAGAAAUUGGCUUAUGUUCCAAAAUGUUAACAAUUUAAUAGUUGAAGGUGGUGGAACCAUUAAUGGCAAUGGACAUCUUUGGUGGGAUCUCUCUUGCACCACAAACAAAACACCUUCUUGCAUCACUAGAGCACCAACGGGUUUGAGUUUUGUGAGCUGUAAUAAUUUGGUUGUGAGAAAUAUAAAUGUAAGAGACUCACAGCAAAUGCAAGUCAUGUUUGUGAAUUGUAACAAAGUCAAAGCUUACAAUCUGACAGUGACAGCACCAGCCCAUAGUCCCAAUACAGAUGGGAUACAUGUAACACAUUCUCAAGACAUUGAAAUUUCCAAUUCUGUUAUUGGAACAGGUGAUGAUUGUAUUUCAAUUGUGAGUGGAUCCAAAAAUAUUACAGCUACAGAUAUAACAUGUGGACCAGGUCAUGGAAUAAGUAUUGGAAGUUUGGGAGGUGGACACUCAGAAGCUCAUGUUUCUGAUGUAUUUGUUCGUCGAGCUCAAUUUUAUGAAACAACUAAUGGAGUUCGAAUUAAGACUUGGCAGGGAGGUGUUGGAGAGGCAAGCAACAUUACAUUUCAAGAUAUUGAAAUGCAUAAUGUUCGAAAUCCAAUUAUAAUUGAUCAAAACUAUUGUGCUCGUAGUACUACACCGUGCCAAGAACAGGAGUCUGCAGUACAAGUCCGAAAUGUUUUAUAUCAAAAUAUUAGAGGUACAAGUGCAGACGAAGUUGCAAUAAAAUUCGAUUGCAGUCAUAGCGUUGAAUGUGAAGGAAUUGUUCUAGAAGAGAUCGACCUUCACAUUCAUAGUCACCGUCGAAAUAACAGACACAAUAAUAGAGGAGAUGGAGAUACUGAAGCUGUAUGUAGAAACAUACACUUCACUAAUAUUGGACACGUUUUUCCUUUGUGUCCCAAUUAUUAGUUUUAUUAGAGCAUUUUAUUAGUGAUAUAUUUUAUUAGUAUGUAGAAACACAUUGAGAUUUUAUAUUUGAAUAUAUUUACAUAUAUAAAUUACUUAUUUAAUCACCUAUUUAAUGAAUGAAGGUUAAAUAUUUCUGUUUAUUGCAA